AUGAAAUAAUUAAAUAAUAAAUACAAACAAUAACUAUAGCCUUUAAAAUUGACAAAUCAUAUCACUCCAUAAUUUAAGUUGAAUCCAUAUUAAAAUUCAUAUUCACCUAUGACUUAAAGAAAACCAUUAUUUAGUUUACAUGAAAAAACAUCAAAUAGAUCUGUAAAAAAAUAAAUGAAUCGAUCUCCUUUAAUUACAUAGAAAAAUACACUUUAAAUAGAAAAAUGUGGAUUAGAUUAGAAUUUUGAAUACAUAUUAAAAUUUGCAGUUAGAACAAGACAAGGAAUGUAAAUUGGGAAUCCAAAUAAAUAGAAUUAAGAUUCUUUUAUAGUAUUUCCAAAUAUAGCUGAUAAAUCAUAUAUGCAUUUCUUUUUUGUUUGUGAUGGUCAUGGAAUUUAUGGACAUCAUAUUUCAAAUUUUCUAAAAUAAUAAUUUCCAAUUUAUAUAACUAAAUUCAAGAAUCAAUUAGAAAACAAGUAUUAAUUUAAUCUCUUAAUUUAGUCCUUAUGCUACUAUAUACAUAAUAUUUAAUUAAGUAAUUAAAGCAUUGAAUUAAUCUACUAUUGAUCAGUAAUAUUCUGGUUCUACUGUAGUUGGUUUAUUUAUGUUACAUAAUAAAGUAUAUAUAUAUACAAUAAAUUGUAUAAUAGAUAUAUUGUCCAAACCUUGGUGAUUCAAGAGUAGUCAUGUUAAGUAGAACAAAUAAAUGGUUUCUAAAAAAUUUAUCAAGAGAUCAUAAACCAGAUUGUUAAGAUGAAGCUGAACGUAUAAUAAAUCAUGGUGGAAGAAUUGAUCCUUAUAAAGAUUAAAAUGGUUAAGUUUGUGGACCAUUAAGAGUUUGGAAUAAUGGUAAUGUACCAGGAUUGGCUAUGACAAGAUCUAUAGGAGAUUAAAUUGCUAAAAGUGUAGGAGUUAUUGAAAAACCAGAGAUAUUUAAUUUUGUUCUUGAAAAAAUGGAUAGAGUUAUCUUAUUAGGAUCAGAUGGAGUGUUUGAAUUUCUUUCUUAAUAGGACAUUCUAGAUUCUGUUACUCCUCAUGUAGACAGAAUGGAUGUUGAAAGUGCUUGUAAUCAUUUGUUAGAAAUGGCCCAUAUUAGUUGGGUAUAAAGAAGUAAUAAAGUUAUCGAUGAUAUUACUUUUAUAUUGAUUUUUAUGUAAUAUUGA